CCAGAUGCACCCGACGUGCCAGGACCCCCCGAACUUUGGGAGCUCGCGCUCGCGGGCGAGUCGGAGGAGCGGCCGCCGCUACCAGCGGCAGAAGGCUCGCUCGGCUGGGACGUCGCGCAGCUCGUCGAGCAGGUGAGCGCGAUCUCAGCGGCGAGCGGGCGCGACCCAGCCUUCUUCAAUGUGAGGCAGCAACAGAUGGCGAACUACUGGCUCGACGAGAAGGCCAAGACCCUGCCGUUCAGUGAGGAGUGCGAUAAGUUCAAAGUGCAGCGGAGGACGGCAGAGGCAUUCUUGAUAGCUACGGCCAGCGCGUGCAACGUGAUGCAGCAGCGGGACUGCAAAUCGAUGGCUCGGCAGCUGGCAGUGAGGUACGACGAGACCCCCAUGACCAUGCGGCUGACCGACACCGAGAAACGCGACUUAGAGAAGCAGCAGCCCCAGUUGCAAGGACCUGGACAAGCCGAAGACGGAGCUGUGCAGAUGGUGCCGAUCAGCGCGAGUUGCAAGAGCACCCGCGUGGCCAAGAUCCUCAACACCGAGCGCAUGUACUCCAUGCUCUUCCACCUGCCUGCCGAGGGCUACUUCGCCGUUCGCGUGCCGUUCGAGACGCCCGUCCAGUCGCUGAGCAGGACGACUGGCGAGGUGCUGCACGACGCGCUCAUGGCGAGCCAGCCGCCGAUGGACUGCGUGCCGCAGAGAUUUGAUCGACGUCAGCAGCUGGUCACCACCGACGGCGCAGGCGGCAUCACCAGGAUGGAGCGGAACCUAGAUCGUGAAGCGGGUGACAGUUGCGACACGUUGAAGCUGAAGUGCGAGGUCCACAUGGUGUACAAAUGGUUCAAAGCAGCGUUCCUCCACACGAAGCACGACACCAGCUCGAUGGUUCACGUUGCGAAGGCGCUGCGCAGUGGCGACGCCAUGAGAUCAUUCAGGACCACGCUCAGGCAAGUCAUCUCGGACACGCUCAGGUACCACAGGCAGCGAGCCCCGUCCGCCGUCGACACCAACUACAACAAGAUGUGCUUAGACCUGUUCCUCGAGGACACCUCCCCGCACAGGCGCAUGAAGCGAAGCGUGAUCCUCUCCUUGGCGAAUGGGCGCUGGUCGAACAG